AUGGCUGCCUCCACCACAUCCCGUUUCUCGCCCGAAGAUGUCACCGUCGUCUUCUUCCUCGGCGGCCCAGGCAGCGGCAAGGGCACCCAGUCCGCAAACCUGGUCAAGGACUACGGUUUCGUCCACCUCUCCGCCGGCGACCUCCUCCGCGCCGAACAAGUCCGCGAGGGAAGCGAGUACGGCGCCAUGAUCAAGAACUACAUCACCGAGGGCAAGAUCGUCCCCAUGGAAGUCACCGUUGCGCUGCUUUCCAACGCCAUGGCUGAGUCCCUGAAGACUGCGCCCCCGGCUGCGGGCACCAAGGCGCGCUUCCUGAUUGAUGGGUUCCCGCGUAAGCUGGACCAGGCUGUUUUCUUCGAGGCCACCGUCUGUCCCUCUGAGUUGGUGCUUUUCCUGGAUUGUCCUGAGGCGGUCAUGGAGACUCGGUUGUUGAAGCGCGGGGAGACGAGUGGGCGGGAUGAUGAUAAUGCGGAGUCGAUUCGCAAGCGGUUCCGCACUUUUGUCGAGACUUCUAUGCCUGUUGUGGAUGAUUUUGAGAAGAAGGGCAAGGUUGUGCAGGUUUCUGCUACGGGGUCUGUUGCGGAGGUUUAUGAGAUUGUUAAGGCUGGUAUUGAGGCGCGGGGUUUGCAGGCUCGUUAG